GAAAUAGGCUCAGUUCCACGCGCUAACAUGAAAACAGUUUCUGCCACAAUAUUUUUCUUAUUAGCCUGAGCUACAGGGCAUACUGUAUGGAUAAGGAAAUUUAUGUUCUGGAAAAAGCUAUUACGUAUAUGAAAUACCUUCAAGAACGAGUGAAGAUACUUGAGGAACAAACAAGAAAGGCUGAGAUAGUUACCAAGAAUUCACAGGUGGUGGUGGACGACAACGGAUCGUCAUCGACUGAGCUGCAGCAACCGCCGGCAAUCAAAGCUAGAGAGUAUGGCAAGAAUGUUCUUCUCAGAAUCCAUUGUAAGAAAAGUAAAGGGAUUUUGGUGAAAAUAAUUGGUGAGAUGGAGAAGCUUAAUUUGGGUGUUGUUAACGCCUGUGUGGUGGCUUUUGGAAGUUUAUCCCUUGAUAUUAAUAUUACAGCAGAGAAGGAGAAAGAAUCCAGUUUGACAGUGAAUGAAAUUGUACAAACUGUCGGUGAUGUUCUGCAGAAUGCUGCCUAGAGAGAUAAGGGAGCUGAACAAUGGAUUCCAAUGGCUAAUUAAGAAAAUGGAACAAGUUUUCUUUAUUUUUCUCCUUAAUAUUUUCGGUCAUGCCUGUGAAAUAUUAUUCAAAUUCUAUCUUUUUUUUAGGUUAUUUUCUCGAUGUAUGUAUGGAUGGAAAUUAAUUUACAAGUUGAUGCAGAUUUUCCAUUAA